UCCGCUUGAGUCCGCGGUGUGAGCCCUGGACGCUUGCCAUGGAGGGGGGUCGCGAGCCGCUGUUGGAUGCUAAGUCUCAGGUAACCAACCAGCUUAUAGAUUUUCAGUGGAAACUGGGAAUGGCUGUGAGCUCCAACAGUUGCAGAUCUCUUAAGUAUCCUUAUGUUGCAGUGAUGCUAAAAGUGGCAGAUCAUUCAGGCCAAAUAAAGAACAAGUCCUUUGAAAUGACAAUUCCACAGUUUCAGAAUUUCUACAGACAAUUCAAGGAAAUUGCUGCAAUUAUUGAAACUGUGUGAAAACUGAUUAUUAAAUUGCUGUCAUUAUUCUAAAAUCAUGGGUUUCACUUUCUGCAACAAAACUGCAUGAGGAUCAAGUGGUAUUUAUUGAAUGAAAAUUAUACUUUUGUUUUUCCAUUUUUUUAAAUAAUAAAAAAUCAGAUAAACAGGAA